AUGUCACCAACACCGGAUGAUCAGGUGAAGCGGGCCUUGUACACCGAAUUAUGCCGAGCCACACGGCCGGUAGCUGUGCAGCGUAUAGUAUGGUCCUUGCAGAAGCAAGAGUUGGUGGUCGAUAAUCGGGAUGCCACGGUCGUGGUGCAGAGGCUUGGCAAGUGUUCUCUGUGGGACAGUGCGCUGGAUGCAGUGAUGCAACUCGCAUGUCCUGGCUUGCUACAGCCGGACGCUGUCUUGUUGGGUGCCAUGGUGACAGCAUGCGGACGAGGCAAUGCAUGGACACAGUCCCUCCUUUGCUUGGACUUGCUGGCCGAGUAUGGUCUCGAAAAGGGUAUCUUUACGGUAAAUGCUGCAGCUAAUGCCUGCUUGGAAAGUUCAUGGCCUCGGGCCCUGGAGCUGUUGCGAGAGAGCGCAUACUUGCGGCUGAACACGGUGAGUUACAACAUCUUGCUUGGUGCUUGUGAGCGUGGCGGCAUCCGGGGCAUGCGAGACUCCAUACUCUUGCAAAUGCACAACUCGGUGCUGUUGCCGAGCCUCGUGACAUACAAUUCCUUGAUUACCUUGUGUGGAGUUGAUGGCGACUGGAAGUCUGCUUUGCAGUAUCUGAAAGAACUACGGCAAAGCCAGCAGGAGGUUGAGCCGGACAUCAUCUCUUACAACACUGCAGUCAGUGUUUGCGGAUCGUGCUCACAGUGGCAGCCUGUCCUUGCUCUUUUCGGAGAUAUCGCUACGCACGGGCUACAGCUCGAUGCAUUUUCGCUCGGUGCGGCGAUUGCAGGAGCAGCCAAGUCGCGCAGAUGGCGCUCUGCACUGUCUCUGCUGCAGCUCGUGUGGCCAGCUGGCUCCAUCGGGAUCCGGCCGAAUGUGGUCGUUUGCAGCUCUGCUUGUGAUGCGCUUGCCCAAGGACGCUGGGAGAGAGCCGUGGGCUUUCUUGCAGACAUGGUCCGCGUGGCUCUGCUUCCCAACGCAUUCACGAUCAGCUCUUCCAUCGGGGGCUGUGGCCGCGGCCAGCAGUGGGCAAAGCCACUUCUAUUGCUGCGAUGGAUGGGGCGCAGAACAGGUCUGUCUUACCCAGAAGGAGUUUCCGCCACCAUCGGGGCCUGCGCCCAGGCCAAGUGCUGGCAGGCCUCCUGUGCCUUGCUGCAGGUAAGGCGGCAAGCAUCCGAGGAGCGGCCUGGUGUCCUGGCAUACAACGCCGUGCUGGGUGCCACGGCUUCCUCAGAGGUGGAGGGAGGUGCCUGGAAGUGGUCUUUGCGCCUCUUUUGGGAGCUCUCCCAUGCGGCGACGAGCGCCGACAUCAUCAGUUUCAACUCCGUGAUAAAUGCAUGUCAAACUGGCGGCUGUUGGCCGGGAAGCCUGACUUUGCUAAGAAGACUGCGUGAAGCUAUCCUACAGCCAGACUUUCUCAGCUUCAGUGACUUGGGCAUUAAGUUCUGCUCCACGGAGCCACAAAGCUUUCGUCGAAUGUCCUUUGGGUUCAUGCUUUUGCGGCUUUUUGUAGCAGUCUUCAAUCGAGACGAACACAACGUUGUAAGUUUGCGGCAGUUUGUGGGCCCACAUUGCGAAGGCUGCACGGUCGAAGCUUGCAGCUGUGGAUAUAAAUGGGAGCUAGGAUCUUCCCUGCUGGCCGCCAUGCGGAAGCUGCCCCAAAGUGAGGGACCCAAUAUAGCCGCAGCCUACGAGGUGCUGGUGGAAGCGUUGGCUGCUUGA